AUGGCUCUAGCACCUGAGCCAGAGGCGACCGUCAUUGACGGAAAGAAGUACAGGAAUGUGCACGAGGGUCUGGCUACAGUGUUGGCUCCUUAUCGAGAUGAAAGUCAGCCGUCCGUCAAGAAAGGUAGAAACAAUGAUGAGGGCCUCCAAGCAGUCUUCUACAAUCCUAUUCAACAGUUUAACCGAGAUUUGAGCGUCCUUGCGAUAACAAUCUACGGCGAGGGCGCGAUACUGGAAAAGGAGGCUCGAAACGCUCAGAAAGCCGAGCAAAGAAAGAACACCAAGGGCAAGAAAAAGCAGAAAUCAUCCAACCCAGAACCUGCUAACGAGACCGUCAACGGGCAUGACCAGGCUACCAGCCGCAGGCGUAAAGCCGAUGAACUGGUUGAUGAGGAAGCAGACCGAGUUGCAACUGAAGCAAGCAAGAAGCCUAGAACCACCGAAGAGGCGGAUGACGACGAGGACUUGCUUGUGGAGGCAUUAAGCAGCGACCCUUUGGCUGCUCAAGAUGGACAAGAAAAAGCUACAGGUCAAAAUGGUACCACAUCGGACUCGCUGCCUAAGGAAGCGACUGCAAAUGAACACCCGGCAGCGAAGACUAAACGAGUACCCUUUGCCAUUCUUGACGCACUUUCUGCAACCGGUCUCCGGGCACUGCGAUAUGCCAAAGAGAUUCCCUUCGCCACAAAUAUCGUCGCCAACGAUCUGUCACCCUCCUCAGUGCAGAGCAUCAACCUGAACAUCAGGCAUAAUAAAGUCGAGGAUAAGGUCCGGUCUAACUUGGGCGAUGCUCGCGGUUUCAUGUACAGUAAGGUUGGAAAUGAACAACCGCGUCACGGCGAAGGGUAUGUGCACAGGUUUGAUGUCAUUGAUCUGGAUCCCUACGGUACUGCUGCUCCGUUCAUCGAUGCCAGUCUCCAAGCCCUGCAAGAUGGAGGAAUGCUUUGCGUCACUUGUACAGACGCAGGAGUCUUUGCUUCGACGGGUUACCCGGAGAAAACGUACGCACUUUAUGGAGGCACGCCUACGAAAGGUCCGCACUCUCACGAAGGAGGUCUCAGAUUGAUCCUGAAUGCGGUCGCCGUCUCUGCUGCACGAUACGGUCUCGCCGUCGAACCUCUGCUAUCGUUGUACAUCGAUUAUUACGCUCGUCUGUUCAUCCGUGUUCAUCGAAAGCAGCACGAAGUCAAAUUGCUUGCCGGCACGAGCAUGACAAUUUACAACUGCGCGCAUGGCUGUGGUGCCUGGACUACCCAGCCUCUGCUGCGAAACCAAACACAAACAUCUAAAAGUGGAGAGACAGUGUACAAGUUCUCGUUCGCACAAGCGCCCCUGACUACGCCUAAUUGCGAACACUGUGGUUCCAAGAUGCACCUUUGUGGUCCAAUGUGGGCUGGCCCUCUUCACAAUCCGUACUUCGUACAAAAGAUGCUGGAGAGGCUGCCAUCCCUUGACGAGAAGGUCUAUGGCACAACAGAACGUCUGAAGGGUAUGCUCACGCUCGCCCUCGAGGAGGACCUUACGGAACCAACUACAGGAACCGAAGCAUCCGCGCCAUCGGAGGACUUGACAGAAUCGGAAGCAAACCUCAUUCCACGCCUACCAGCUAAUAUUAUCGACAAUGCUCCGUUCUUCGUUAUACCCGGCCAACUAGCCAAGAUCAUCCAUUGCGGUACACCGUCAGAGUCCAUAAUGCGUGGUGCUAUUCUGAGCCUGGGUUACCGUGUCACCCGCUCACAUUGCAAACCCGGCAGCAUCAAGACCAAUGCACCCUGGAGCGUACUCUGGGAAAUAAUCAGAGAGUUCAUGCGGACAAAAGCACCUAUCAAAGAAGGUGCUGUAAAGGCAGGAACGCCGGGCUGGAACAUCUUAGCCAGAGCUAGGGGCACCGAGAGAGCGUUCGUUUCGGGGUUGAAAGAUGGUGCAAAAGACCAGCUUGCAAGAUGCGAUACCAAGGAGGACAUGAAAACUGUCCUGCAGGGUAUGCUGUGGAGACUGGAAAACGAAAAGCCUGCUUCGGACCAAUCGAAUGGCAAACACGACGAGACAGUGCCUCGAAGCGAAAAGGACGGGGCCCAACGAACACGUUCGCUGAGUCCAUCCCCUGUGGAAGCAAGCAAGCUCAACAUCGUCUUCGAUGAGAAGUUGGGCAAGGAGAAUAAUAAUCGCCGCAAGCUGGUGAGAUACCAGAUGAAUCCGCGGGAAAACUGGGGUCCGAUGAACCGGGCUGGAAGAACAGGUUGA